AUGACUGUGUCCCUGAGGCAAUUGAGGGACAUCUUUGGUGAUCGAAGGAGGGCUGUUAUUUUUUACAACGCUCUCAAGAAGCAUCCCAAAAUGGAAGCUCUGGAAGAUGCAUCGAGUGCUAUUAGCUCUAAAUGCGCGCCCUCGAAGGAAACGGGGCCACUCCUGAGUCCUUUGGCCACAGUCCCAUCGAUUCAAGAAGAAAGUUUGGAUGAUUACGAUCCUGAGUCAGACGUCUACUCGUCCGACUCUGAUGACUUCAGUGAUGAGGAUGGUUCCACUGAUGAAUCUGACGACGAGCAUGUUGAGAACUGUGCCCACCGUGGUGUUGAGAAUACCGAGCUCGCACGCGAAGAUGAAGGCAUACCUGAUGGCCAGAAGAUUGAAACACAGAAUACCUUCCCUUGGCUAGAUGACAGGAACGAUCCAUCCGGCCUUUCCAGCGAGGCGGUUGGCGAGAUCAUUGGUGAAGUGAGGCAAUUCUUUGAUGGAGUCUACGAACGCAAAGGAGAUGCCAGAAGGACAACGAAGCCACUGGAACUUAGAGGGGAGAGUGAACAGCCUAGUUCCUGUUCUUUGAAGGAGUCGGAGGAUCUUAUCGAUGAUACUCCUCCCACAGACAUGGAGAAACAAGACGACUCUGCAUUUUGA